AUGUCUCCCACAAUGGCUACCGCUGGUGGAAAGGGCGUUAAGAAGGAGUCGACUGCGGCGCGUCUGCUGGGUUCCGGUUCUGCUGGUAUUGCUGAGCUUGCUGUCUUCCAUCCGGUCGAUACCAUUGCGAAGCGUCUUAUGAGCAACCACGGAAAGAUCUCCAGCACCGCCCAGCUCAACCAAGUCAUCUUCAAAGACAAGGCCACCGUCUCAGCAGGAAAGAAGUUCCUCUCCCUCUUCCCUGGUCUCGGAUACGCCGCCGGCUACAAGGUAUCACAGCGUGUAUACAAGUACGGCGGGCAGCCCUUCGCGCGUGAUCUCAUCACCAAAAACUAUGGCGACUCCUUCGACCGCACCUUCGGCCCCACGACCGGCAAGGCCAUGAUCUCCUCCCUCGCCGGCUCCAUGAUCGGCAUCGGCGAGAUCGUGCUCCUCCCCCUCGACGUCCUCAAGAUCAAGCGCCAGACAAACCCCGAGGCCUUCCGCGGCCGCGGCAUCGUCCGCAUCAUCAAGGAUGAGGGCUUCGGGUUGUACAGAGGCUGGGGCUGGACCGCUGCGCGCAAUGCGCCGGGCUCGUUCGCGCUGUUCGGAGGUUCCGCGUUCACGAAGGGAUAUCUUUACGGGCUGGAGGAUUACAAUAAGGCGACUUGGUUUCAGAACUUCGUCGCGUCGAUUGCGGGUGCGUCGGCGUCCCUGAUCGUCUCGGCGCCGCUGGAUGUCAUCAAGACCCGUAUCCAGAACCGCAACUUUGAGAACCCGGAGAGCGGCAUGAAGAUCAUCAGGGAUAUGAUCAAGAAGGAGGGCCCAUCGUCGUUCUUCAAGGGUCUCGUGCCCAAGCUGCUCAUGACUGGACCCAAGCUCGUCUUCUCCUUCUGGCUGGCUCAGACCCUGAUCCCCGCCUUCGACAUUGCCUUCAGCAAAUAG